AUGUCAGUCUCAUUCUGUGUGCGCUCGCGUGCCUCACUCACCACCCCUCUUCCCAACCCAACACAGAAGCCAUUCUUCAACAACUUUGGAGCCAUAGUCACCUUUUCAUGUCUCGGCACUUUCCUCUCAGCCAUUGUCACUGGCAUCCUCGUCUACGCGGGCGGAUUCCUCUUCCUCAUGUACAAGCUCUCCUUCCUCGAAGCACUCAUCUUCGGAUCCCUUAUCUCCUCCACCGACCCGGUUGCUGUGCUCGCCAUCUUCCAGGACGUGGGAGCAGACACGAAUCUCUAUGCGCUUGUGUUCGGCGAGUCUGUGCUCAACGACGCGUAUGCCGGCCUCUCCGUGAAGAAUCUUCACAACCUCGAGUGCUGCCUCAUCGUUCUCUUCCCCUACAUCUCCUAUCUCGUGGCGGAGGGCCUUGCACUCUCAGGCAUCGUUGCCAUCCUCUUCUGUGGAAUUCUCAUGAAGCGCUACACCUUCCCCAACCUCUCAGAGGUGGCUCAAGUCCUCUCUGCCGGCUUCUUCCAGCUCAUCGCCUCCAUCGCUGAGACCUUCACCUUCAUCUACAUGGGAACGGAGAUCGCUCUGGGGGAGCACCAGCGGUGGGGGCACAUCAGCUUCAUCUUCUUCUCCAUCCUCUUCAUAGCUGUAGCAAGGGCCGCGAAUGUGUUUCCCUGCGCGCAUCUCAUCAACCUCUUCCGCCCUCCCUCCAAGCAAAUACCUGACAGCCACCAAAAGGCUCUCUGGUUUAGUGGCUUGCGAGGAGCCAUGGCGUUUGGGCUGGCUCUGCAAGCAACACAUGACCUGCCCAACCACAGCCAUGGGAGGGCGAUAUUCACCACCACAACCGCUAUAGUCAUGCUCACUGUGAUUCUGCUGGGCGGCAGCACGUCGACUGUGCUGGAGCGGCUGCGUGUGACGGGGGACAGAUACAGCCAGCUGAGACAGCCGGAUGACACAUCGGACGAGGAAGAAGAAGAGGGCAGUGGCAUGACGCACGGCCUCAUACAUGCACAUGAGGACACACAUGGGAGCGCACGCGGCCAUGGGCAUGGUGAUGGGCGUGGGGGAGGGCGAGGAGGAGGGCGAGGAGGAGGGGAGCCGAAUAGGGCUCCGUUUUCGCCCCAGAAGUUGGGCUCUGCUGAUGUGUAUUCCCAACACCAUGUCAACAUCCUGCCAGAAAA